GCACACCCAAGAACUGCCCAAAUCUUAAAAAGCGAAACAAAUGAGAGAGAAGUGUAGUAGGGAGAGAGAUGUGGGAGGAUUUGUGAGAGAGUGUGUGAAGCUAUAGGCCAGUAGAAAGAAAGAAGAAGCAGUGGAUUUCUUACCAUUUGAGGAAAAAAAGGUAUCUUUUUGGUACUGAAGAAGAGGGAAGAAGGGCACGAGGAGGGGGGAAGAGGAGUUUCGCCUCGUAUGCAGAAAGCUAAAGGAGAUCAGUGUUCUAAAAGAGCAAUUUCAGCAAGCUAGCGAGAACAUGCUCCAACUAAGAGAAACCGAUGCUCUUGUUCUGUUCUUGUCCCUAGUGGUGGUUUGUCUUGUUCUUUAUAUCUUACUUGGGAAAUGGAACGAGGGUGGAAAAAUGAAAGGCAAGGCAAGUCUAGUGGCUCAACAAAAUGCUGAAGAAGAUUUACAAGUAGAAGACAUGGCUGCUGCUGCUGCUGUCUUUACUCCCCUACCUGUACCUUUGCCGAACAUUUCUUUUUAUCCGUAUGCUCCUUCAUCUUAUCCAGUAGACUCACAUAAUCAGCAUGCAAGUGUGCCUUCGCCGAAUAAGUCAUCUCAUCAAUGUGCAAAGUGCUACAGUCCCUCAACGACCCGCUGUGCUAGAUGCAAGUCUGUUCGCUACUGUUCGGGGAAGUGCCAGAUUCUCCAUUGGAGGGAAGUUCACAAACAUGAGUGCCAUCUUUUGGAAAUGAACAGCAAUGUUUCAUCUCCUAAGUGCACUUCGACGGAAGAUCCUCCGGAAAGGAGCUUACUUGAUAGUAACAUGAGUUCACAGUCUGUUGAAUGCAAUGCCAAGCAGCCUAGGUCUGAGAAAGACCCUUCUGACCAUAUCACUGGGUCUCCUAAAAGCACACAAGUUCCUGUAGAUUCCUCUGAAUCUGCAUUAAGGCAGAGAAGACCUGCACACAGGAAAGCUUCUCGGAAGGGGAAUAAAGAUUUGACGAGAAGAUUAGAAGGAAAUAUAUCAGAAUGUCCUGACCAGACCUCCAGGAGUAGAGCUAAUCCAUCAACUUCGUCUUGUACAACUGCAUCAUCAGAUUUUCCAACUAGAAAUAAGUUAAGAGAGAGUGACUCUAUGCUUUAUCAACAGCAUAGCUUUCCCAGUGGAAACAUUGGUAACAAAAGUACAGCGCACAACAGUUAUAAUAUGUCGCCGAAGCAAAAUGAACAUGAUCCCCGGACAAAAAAUCACCGUGGCAGGUCAGAUGCACUGAAUCCAGAGAGUCAUGAGACAAAUGUAUGUGAAGUUCAAGUAGGCACGAGUGACAGAGAAGACGUUCUCUCUGGAGGACUUGGUUCUCAAGGGAAUAAUAAGAUGAAGGAGAUAACUCCUCAGGGACGCAACGGGGUUGCGAAUAUGGGCAUCAUGAGAAUGUUUGGUCUAAUGAAGUCAUCAAAAGUAGACAGACAAGAACAUUCAAUAGUCAAAGCUGACAGGCACAGGAAGUUAAAGAUGCUAUUUCCCUAUGAAGACUUUGUGAAGUACUUUCAAUAUGAAGCUCCAAAUGUGUCGCCCCGAGGACUAAUUAAUUGUGGGAAUAGCUGUUAUGCCAAUGCUGUCUUGCAGUGUUUGACCUUCACCAAACCUCUAUCGGCCUUUUUGCUUCAUCGAUUGCAUUCUCAAUCAUGCCGUGGUAGAGAUUGGUGCCUCAUGUGUGAACUUGAGCAGCAUGUGAUGAUGUUAAAAGAGAGUGGGGACCCGUUAUCUCCCAAAAGAUUUCUUUUGCCUAUGCGAAGCAUAAACAGCCAGAUUGGAAAUGGAAGCCAGGAAGAUGCACAUGAAUUCUUAAGACUUUUUGUUGCUUCAAUGCAAUCUAUAUGCUUGGAAAGUUCUGGUGGAGAAAAAGCCGUUGAACCUAGACUGCAAGAAACAACUUUUAUACAACACACUUUUGCGGGACGACUAAGAUCUAAGGUGAGAUGUUUGAGGUGCCAUCAUGAGUCGGAGUGCAAUGAAAACAUCAUGGAUCUUACUUUGGAAAUAAAUGGUUGGGUUGAAUCACUUCAGGAUGCAUUGACACAAUUUACAAGUCCUGAAGAUCUUGAUGGAGAUAACAUGUAUAGAUGUGGAAGGUGUUCUUCAUAUGUUCCAGCACAAAAGCAGUUGAGCAUACAAGAGGCUCCAAAUAUCUUGACUAUUGUCUUGAAAAGAUUUCGGGGAGGGUGUUAUGGAAAGAUAAACAAGUGCAUUAGCUUCCCAGAAAUGCUGGACAUGAUGCCAUAUAUGACCGGUGCUGAUGAUGCCCCUCCACUUUACAUGCUUUAUGCAGUCGUCGUCCACUUGGAUAGACUCAAUGCAUCUUUCUCUGGGCAUUAUAUAUCCUAUGUGAAAGACUCACAUGGCAAUUGGUUUAGGGUAGAUGAUACCAAGGUUCAGCAAGUGCAUAUGAGCCAAGUUAUGAGUGAAGGAGCAUAUAUCUUAUUUUACAUGCGGUCAUCUCCUCGGCCAGACAGGACUUGUAUCUCCUCUGCACCAAAAUCCCAGAAACCUUUGAGGCCAGAGCAUGUGAAAGGAACAACAAACCAUUACACCUCAGGAAGCAUUGUCAGAAAUGCAAGCAGAAACAGGCAGCCAUUGAUGAUGGGAAUGUACUCUGAGAACAUGGACGCGAGCGACUGGUCACUGUUCACCAGCUCCGACGAAUCAUCCUUCACCACAGAGAGCACCCGCGACUCCUUCAGCACGGUUGACUAUGCGGCAGAUGGCUCCACCGCCGCCGCCGCCGCAUUCGAUCCGUUUGCGCCGGAUUACGCCACCUCGAGGACGAUCGCGUGCAACAUGUUCUCGGGGAGUAGGGCCCGCACGACGUUCUUUUCGGAAAAGAAAGGGUUCGUCGUGGAUUCGUCGCAGAUGGCCGGCGCGAGCCUCAGCAGCGUGGAGGAGGAGGAAGAAGUGAUGAACCCUCCUCCUCCUCCUGCAGAUGAAGCUUUUUUUGUUGAUAGAAGUGUAAAUUAUGGGUAUGUUGUAGAUCCCCAGACUGAAAAUAUGUUGACAUUGGCUUAACAUUUCUAAUUUCUGAUGAAUAUUGAUUUGUUAUGAUCCAAUAUUAAAAUAUGAGUGUGUUCUUUGAUUGAAUGUAUUCAAUUUAGUGAAAAAAGAUUGAACAAAAUUUACUUGGGAAAGUUGGAUUUAGGGCAAACUUGUGGGGGUUUUUUUAAAAAUAACUUGUGGGGGUUAAAACGUCAUUUUCCACAUAAGGGAUGCAACUCUAGGGUCAAAUUUUGAGGAAAGACCAAUUCUUUAUUCACAUAUUCGUGCAUGUGCCGUGCGUGUCUCUGUGAACAGAUGAAUAAGUUAGGGGUAAUUUU